AUGACAACGACGACGAGCUCUAGGAAGCACCUGUCUCGCUUUAUCCCGCAUUCACAGACGACGUUGCUGGUGGCUAUCAUUGCCGUCUCAGUCGUCGACUCCGUGCUCUUGGGAUACGACAGCUCUUUGAUGGGAAGUCUGAAUGUGAUGCCCACGUAUACAAACUACUUCACUUUGACAACGGCCACCAAGUCUCUUAACACUGCUAUCUCAUAUGUUGGCGGAUCAUGCGCUUCUUUCUUUGCCGGCUUUCUGGUCGACUGGGCAGGGCGAAAGAAAAUUAUCCUUCUGUCGGCGGUUCUCACUUUGAUCGGCGCAGUUAUCCAAGCAGCUGCGCAGAACAUUGGGAUGUUCAUAGCAGGCCGUUUCAUCGUUGGGUUUGGCAUGGGCUUCGCACAAACUUCAUGUCCGACUUAUGUCGCCGAAACUGCUCCUGUGAAGUACCGACCUCUGGCUUUGGGAUUGUACUAUGCGUGCUGGGGUGUAGGGACAUUGAUCGCAUCUGGAGUGUGCUAUUCUACCCAACACUAUAGUACCAACUGGGCUUGGAGAACACCUAGUCUUAUACAGAUUGUGCCCAGCACUCUAUGCUUUUUUGUUCUGAUAUUCCUGCCCGAGUCGCCUCGUUGGUUGAUCGACCAAGAUCGCCACGACGAGGCCUUGGAAGUGCUCGCGGCAGUCAAUGCCAAUGGAGACAAGGAUGCACCAGUCGUCCUCUUGCAAUUCCGAGAGAUCAGUGACACAAUCGCCUUCGAGAAAAGUAAAGAACUGUCCUUCUUCGAGUCAUUCACGUCAAAGGGGAAUCGUAAACGGUUGAUAAUCACCGCGACCUUUUCCAUUAUCGUCAUGCUUCCCGGGACAAACAUUAUCACCUUUUACUUUGGGACGAUGCUCGAGCAAGCGGGUAUUCAAGACCCAACCACCCAGUUGGAAAUCAACAUUAUCUUGACGUCUUGGACGUUGGUAAUUUCUCUCUUGGGUGCCUGGUUCGCCGACUCGGUAGGACGGAAGACCCUCUGCGCCAUCAGUCUUGCUGGACAGAUAGUGACCUUUUACAUUCUGGCUGGACUUACGGCUGUGUACGGCACCUCUAGCGACAAGUCUGGAAUCUAUGGGACGAUCGCCUUCAUCUUUCUGUACAACGCAGCGUACGGGUACGGUAUCACGCCACUGACAGUCAUGUACCCACCGGAAGUGCUUUCUUAUGAAGUGAGAGGCACUGGUAUGGGUCUGUACACGCUCACCACGAAACUAUGCGGACUUUUCGUGACAAUGGUCUUUCCCUUUGCCCUGGACGCAAUCGGAUGGAAGACUUAUAUCAUCAAUGCGAGUGCUGAUGUUGUCAUGCUUGUUGGGGUGCUGUGGUACUGGGUUGAGACAAGAGGCUUGACACUCGAAGAAGUGGACAAGAUCUUUGAUGGAAUCAAGCAUUCUGAUGUGCCUGACCUGAAGGCCAUUGUUGACGGGGAAAUGGAAAUGGGGUCCGAUGUGCUCAAAAAGCAUGUGAUCCACGGUAUAAAUGCUGACGAAGAAGUCGUCGUUCUCCAGAAAAUUGAUUAG